CAGAUAACAGCCUCGUGCGCAGGGAUAUAACGAGGAACCCCCCCCCAGGCAGGGACUCUACACCUCCCUGAACACAGCACCAUGACCUUCCUCUGGCUCCUGUCCUGCGCCCUCCUGGGCACAGCUUUCGGCUGCGGGGUCCCCGCCAUCCACCCCGUGCUGAGUGGCCUGUCCAGGAUCGUCAAUGGGGAAGAGGCUAUCCCUGGCUCCUGGCCCUGGCAGGUGUCCCUGCAGGACAAAACCGGCUUCCACUUCUGCGGGGGCUCCCUCAUCAGCGAGGACUGGGUGGUGACCGCUGCCCACUGCAGUGUCAGAACCUCUCACCUGGUCGUGGCCGGGGAGUUUGACCAGGGCUCAGACGCUGAGGACAUCCAGGUGCUGAAGAUUGCCAAGGUUUUCAAGAACCCCAAGUUCAACAUGUUCACCAUCAACAAUGACAUCACCCUGCUGAAGCUGGCCACGCCCGCCCGCUUCUCCCAGACCGUGUCCCCUGUGUGCCUGCCUGACGACGCUGACGACUUCCCUGCAGGGUCGCUGUGCGCCACCACGGGCUGGGGCUUGACCAAACACAACAAUGCCAAGACCCCCGACAAGCUGCAGCAGGCAGCCCUGCCCCUCCUGUCUAACACCAACUGCAAGAAGUUCUGGGGCAACAAGAUCACCAACCUCAUGGUCUGCGCGGGCGCCAGCGGCGUCUCCUCCUGCAUGGGUGACUCUGGCGGCCCCCUGGUCUGCCAGAAGGAUGGAGCCUGGACCCUGGUGGGCAUCGUGUCCUGGGGCAGCGGUACCUGCUCCACCUCCACCCCCGGCGUGUACGCCCGCGUGACGGAACUCAUGCCCUGGGUGCGGCAGAUCCUGGCCGCCAACUGAGCCCCUGCCCCACCCUGGCCUCCCUGCUGACUUUGCUCCCACAAAGUCUCAAUAAACCAGUGAAACUCA